AUGAGCAUCCCCGGUGAUAUAAUAAACGUGCCUGGCGCCGUAUCAACCGCUGGUUUGGGCGCCAUUGCAACGCCUUCAACCCCCUCUGCACCGUCAAUGCCCCCGGCCAAGGCAACACCGCCGCCCGUUGCAAACGCAGCUGGCCCUGACACUCCUGCACCCUCUGCACAGACAGAAAGUGCCACUGAAGAAACGCCACCACCACCACGCAUGUUGCCAGGACUGCUUGGCAUUGCAGACACGAUAAAGACGCUAAGCAAUCUUGGAGUCGCCAAAACCAAGGUGAACCCCGCGCAGGGAAUUCUCAUGGGCUGGCAGUCAAUGAGCUACCUCGCCUUUGCGGCAUUCUUCUCGUGGAUGAUAAUGUCCACGGUCGCUCCGGAUCUCUCCCCCGGACUUGGAAAGUUCCUGAUGUUUGGCGUAUUUGGCUUCUCCGCUCUAGCCCUUGUGAUCAUCUAUGGCUCCAACCUUGUAACCGGGGAUUACAUGACCUCGGGAAUAUCGCUGAUGACAGGCCAGGCCAAAUGGCGGGAGGUACUGUGGCAGUGGACGAUUACCCACUCGGGGCACUGGGUAUCUGGAUUUGUAAUUUCGUGGAUGAUAAUUAUUGGCGCAGAUCAAGCUGGACCUGCCGGCUCUGCAUUGAUGGACAUGCUGGCAGGCAUUGGCAAUACCAAGGUCAACGUACUUGACUGGGAACAGCUAUUCUAUAGGGGAAUCUUUGCGAACUGGAUGAUUGGCAUGGGCGUGUGGGGGGCGUUUAGAACCCAGGAGGUCAUUGCCAAGAUUGUCCUGAUCGGCAUACCCGUAUCCAUAUUCUUUGCCACCGGGUUCGAGCACAGCAUAGUGAACCACUUUGCCCUGUCCGCUGGAAUCUGGGCCGGUGCAGACUAUACAUGGGGAGAGGCAUGGCUCAAGAACCUCGUUCCCGUAACGCUCGGCAACAUUAUCGGUGCGAUGCUGUUGCAGGGCAUGGUGUACUGGUAUGCGGGCGGAAUGCAGUCAUGGGUCGGGCCGAACAAGUGGAAGCAGCCGCAUGGGACAUACAGGGAUCUGGUAAGGGCAAUCCGGGACACGUGGUCUCUCAUGAUAUUCUUUGUCGCGAUGGCGCCACUGAUGGCCGGACUGAUAUUCGUCUACGCCGUAGAGCCCGCCUUGGGAAUACUCCCAGGCACCAACGAUCAAAACUGGAUAGAGCCGAUUGGAAUCCUGAUCUACCUAGUCGUCACUUCUCUGAUUGUGAAAUGGGUUCUGAUGCCAAGAAAGCCCUGGUACAAGAUUCCGCCGAAGUAG